GGAGUGCUCUUGGGGCCGCUGGUUAAAGAGGCGCAGGCAGGCAAGGCGGGCGCAGUGUAAGGCAAUAGCUGGGUGGCGGGCAGAAAGGAAGCCCACGUGUCUCCCCUUAGAGUGAGACCUGGAGCGCCCACUUCUUUUUUCCAACGCAGGACUGCCCCUCCCAAAACUCCCUUCUGUUCUCAACCCCCAAGGUGGUAUCAGUCGAGGGUCCUCCCCCCAUACCCCCGAUCACGAAUCCUCAGCUACUCUAGGACCCCAAAGCGGACCAACUUGGCGGAGAAACUUUGCCCUGGGAGAGGCGCUCGGAGAGGCAAAAGGGGGGCACUGCGCAUGCGGAGCUCCAAAUUCAAACAGCUGUUUCUAGAGGCUGCUAGGGAGGGCGGUGGGGAGCCCUCGGAGUUGGGGGGCCAUUUGCCCCCGGCACUGCCCGCCCCUACCCUGGAGCAGGCUGGGAGCGGCCGGCCUCCUCCAGAGCCAUGGUGGACCGGGGACCUCUGCUAACAUCGGCCAUCAUCUUCUACCUGUCCAUCGGGGCGGCAAUUUUCGAGGUGCUGGAGGAGCCGCACUGGAAGGCCGCCAAGGAUAACUACAAUAGGCAAAAGCUUAAGCUUCUCCAAGAGUACCCGUACCUGGGACAGGAGGGCCUGGACAAGAUCCUACAGGUAGUAUCGGAUGCUACUGGACAAGGUGUGGCUAUAACUGGGAACCAAACCUUCAAUAACUGGAACUGGCCAAAUGCUGUCAUUUUUGCUGCCACAGUCAUCACCACCAUCGGUUAUGGAAAUGUGGCUCCUAAAACCCCUGCCGGACGCCUCUUCUGUAUAUUCUAUGGUCUCUUUGGGGUUCCCCUCUGCUUGACCUGGAUCAAUGCCUUGGGGAAGUUCUUCGGGGGACGGGCUAAGAGAUUGGGGCAGUUCCUUACCAAGAGGGGCGUGAGCCUGAGGAAAGCUCAGAUAACCUGUACGGCUAUCUUCAUCAUCUGGGGGGUACUCGUACACCUGGUGAUCCCACCUUUUGUGUUCAUGGUGACAGAAGACUGGGACUAUAUUGAAGGCCUCUACUAUUCCUUUAUUACCAUCUCCACCAUUGGCUUUGGCGACUAUGUGGCUGGCGUGAAUCCAGAUGCCAACUACCAUCCCCUCUAUCGAUACUUUGUAGAGCUGUGGAUCUACCUAGGGCUAGCCUGGCUGUCCCUGUUUGUGAACUGGAAGGUGAGCAUGUUUGUCGAAGUCCACAAAGCCAUCAAGAAACGUCGGCGGAGGCGGAAAGAGUCCUUUGAAAGCUCCCCCCACUCCAAGAAAGGGCUGCAGAUGGCAUCCAGCGGAGGCGUCAAGGACGUCAAUAUCUUCAGCUUCUUGUCCAAGAAGGAGGAGACCUACAAUGACCUUAUCAAGCAGAUUGGGAAGAAGGGUCUGAAGUCAAGUGGGGGAAAUGGAGAGAGAGCCAUGGGACCCGAGAGGGGAAGGCCUGCCCUCCCAGCUGCUCCUGUGGGUCCCCUGGCAAUCUAUACCAAAACCCGUGUACCCAGCUAUGAGGAGGUAUCUCAGACACUGAGGCUGAAGGGCCACAUAUCGAGGCCCCAGGUUGCGGAGAUUGGGGAGGGACCUCCCAGUGACAACACCAACAGCCCCUCCACGAUGUUUGUCAACCAGCUGGACCGGAUCAGUGAGGAGGAGGGGGAAGCCUGGGAUGCCCGGGACUGCCACCCACUGAUCUUUGAGAACGCCAACAUCACCUUUGUGAAUGAGGAAGGAGGACUCUCCGAUGAGGAUACCUCUAAAUCCUCCCUGGAUGACAACUUGGCUGGGGAGGAAGAGGAGGAGCAGGAAGAGGGGGAGGGACCUGAGGCAGAGAGACCACUAAAUCUGGGAGAAUUCCCGUCUUCAGAUGAUUCCACUUUUACCAGCACAGAAUCUGAACUCUCUGUGCCUUAUGAACAGUUGAUGAACGAAUAUAAUAAAAUCAACAGUCCCAGAGGCACGUGAAGGCCCCCUUCUCCACCCCUUGCCCUAUCCCACAAAUCAUGCGGCCUUUUCUUUCCCUCACCUCCCCUUCAGGGUAUCACCUGUGAUGGCUGAAAUUCCUGGACCCUUGGCCUGGGAAAGAAAAGGGAACCCUUGUGUUCCCAUCUCCCCUGGCCAGAUGCCAUUAACCACCCAUACUCCCCAGCUGCCUGCACUUCAGGAUGGACUGUGUUUCCACAUGAUCCCUUGGUGAUGUGGCUGAACAGAUAUGAUCAUGAAAUUGGGAGAGAUUUGGUUGCUGAAAGGUGGCUUUUGUUUUUUGUUUUGUUUUUUUUUUUUUAAUGACAUUUUGACAGAGUAAAGAUGAUACUGGGGCCGUGGGUGGUCAAACCUAUAAAAAAGCACAAAUUUUGGGUGUUGACAGGAUUUCCCGUCCGGGGAGCAUCUGUAUAGAGAAAGCUUGAUUCAGCACAUAUUAACUAAAAUUUUAGUAUGUUAUCUAGCAAUAGGACUCAAGUCUGAAAGGCAGUGCACUGUUCUUGUCCUCAAGACAAUUUAUGGUCAAUUUGGGGGUUCUAGUGAACACAUAUGAGACAGUUAAUGGGACAAGAUAGUGUGUAAGCAAGUGUGGGAGUGAGGUUUACAAGAAUGCCAGAGAAACAGACCCUAUAUCUGUUCCAAGCUGCUUCUUCCCAACCUCUUCUUUUUUCACACACCCUAAUACUCUAAUGCAGGGGUUCUUAAGGUUUUUUUUUUCAUCAUGGAUCCCUUGCACAGUCGAUAUCCCUUUUUUCAGAAUUAUCUUUUUAAAUGCAUAAAAUAAAAUAUGUAAGAUUGCAAUGGAAGCCAAUUGCAAUAUUGACAUCUAUAUGAAAUAUACAUGGACCUCAAAUUCUAAUAUUCUAAUUCUAAUUAUGACCCAUAAAUUCUGUUCUAGUGAAGAAAAGGGCUGUAAGGGUUUUGAGUAGAUGAAAGUCAACUUCCAUACAGAAUACAAACUGAAACACUCCCAAUGGUAACCAGACCCAUCCCAUGGGCCCCACAGCCCCUGUUGCCCUUUCUUGAUGAAUAUGAGUGUCCCUUUAUGGAGUCACUGACGGUGGGAGUGCGCCAAUGAGGGUCACCACAAUUUGCCCUGUUCUAGAUUAUUUACCAUUUCUGGAAGAAGCAGAUGGAGCAAGAUAAGAUAGAAGGCAGUGUGGAGCAGCAGGAUGUAGGAGCCGGUGUUUGCCAUUUACCUAGCUGGUAUUUCUCUUCCAAACUCAUUUUUUCAUCAUCUGUAUAAUGGGAUUAAAUCCUAAGAGCCCUUCCAGCCUGUGGAUCCCAAGUGUGUUCCUUGUGGCUCUGCCUUUGCUCACUUAUUUUCGCUCCCCUCCUGUACUCUUCUCCUCCAAUCCCAGGAGGCAAGGAUCAGGAGAGAGACAGGUCAGUGUCUCCCCUUGAAUCUUGCUCCUUCUGUCUUGGACUCUUCUCAUGGACUGAGUGGCAAAGGUUAAGGCUAUGUUCCAUCCCCAGGGACUUGAGUGUGAGCCUCAUUGGUUGGAGAAGACUGGGAGCUAUUUCAGUAUCCCUUCCUGUUUGGGAGAUCUGCUCUGGACUAGCUUGAGGUUUCAGGUGGAAGAGAACCACCUGGAAUAAAAAUUCCAAAGCUUUUCCUUCCCUCCCAUUGGCUACCCUAGAGAAACAAGUCAGUUGUGGGCCAGAAGCUAGAUGGGCUGGGUAGGCUAAAACACUUGAAUAUGGGGAUUCCACCUCACCUAUUUCCUUGGAUUAAUAUAGUCUCUCACAAUACACUCCAAGUGCCCUCUGCAAUUUUUUUUUUAACCACCCUUAACAGACUGUUAUCACUAAUUUCCCCACCUUCUCUGUAAUCCCCCUUUUCUC